AACUGCUAGAUAGACCUUCCGACCUCACUGACAACCAAGAUAAUAAAUGGCGGUCUCUGCUUUCGCCAUAACUACAACCUCAAACCUUCCCCCUUUUCAAAUCUGUAACUUCAAACCGGCUUCCUCUUGUUCGCUACUUCCAUGCUCUUGCUCUUUACCUUCUUCUUCACCAGAUGCAAAUGGGAAUCAAUUGAAUUUGAAACCCGCCUCGAAUAAAUUUGCCGUCAAGAAAUGUAUAUUCGAUUCGGGUAUCGGGUUAUUAGCAGCUUCAGUUCUUGCCUGGUCACCAUUGGAUGCUGACGCGACAAGGAUCGAGUACUAUGCCACUGUAGGAGAGCCUUUAUGCGAGUUCAACUUUGCACCGUCUGGGCUUGGUUACUGUGAUGUUCAUGUAGGGGCCGGCCAGGAGGCCCCACGCGGUGAGCUCAUCAAUGUUCACUACACUGCAAGAUUUGCUGAUGGGACUGUCUUCGACAGUAGCUAUAAACGUGCUAGACCUCUCACAAUGCGUAUUGGUGUUGGCAAGGUUAAUAAGGGAGUGGAUCAAGGGAUUUUGGGGGGUGAUGGAGUAUCUCCUAUGCAUAUAGGUGGAAAGCGCAGGCUUCAGAUCCCACCACACCUAGCAUAUGGACCAGAGCCUGCUGGAUGCUUUUCAGGUGACUGCAACAUACCUGGCAACGCAACUCUCCUCUAUGAUAUAAAAUUUGUUGGCAUUUACUCUGGGAAUGCAAAGUAAAAGCAGUUGAAAGAAUGAAGAGUAGAGGCACCCAUAUAGAUCAAGUGAGUUUCUUUUAGCAAUUCCAACUGAUACUCAACAGUGUUGUAUGAGUUGAGAUGAGGAUCCAGUUACUGACUACUAAAAUAUAGGCAACUCUUGCUUUGCAUGUUUUCUGACGAUGGGAGAUUGAAGCCCUAUAAAUUGGUGAAACCUAAGCGUGGGAUGCCUAUUUCUCCUUUGUGGUAGAGAACAGAAAGAAUAAGUUUUUUGUCUCCCUUGUGCAAUAUUGUGUCUGUCCUACAUGGACCUUGAUGGAAUACUUUAGAAUAUAAAAAAUAAAGGUAAAUCUUUUCCUAUAAACUUAAGUUUUUAGGAUAAUUAGUUAUCUAAUGACAUUAUGUUUUGCAGCAUUAAAAUUUAAAGUUACUAGGUUCAAAUCUUGGUAAAAUUCUAUGGUUCAUCUGUUUGUUGCCCAUUGUUAGAACUUGCGCAAAGUCUUUUGUUUGGCCUAAUAUUUGUUUCGAUUUUUAUUCAUGUGUAAACUGAAUAAACAAUUAAAUGAAACCAAAUUAUUUUGGUGAAUAAUACUUCCCUUCUCUAUUGCUUAAACAGUAAAAAGAUUAGCCUGCACUGAUUUGAGUUCAAUUUGUGUUUAACACCCGAGUAGAGGACCUUGGUUCUCCAUUCAGAAAUCCAGGAGUUCUACUGAAGCUUUAGAAACCCCAUGGGAUGUUUCAGUAAAAUCAUUGACUUGUGGCUUCCUCAUUACCUGAAAAUUGCUUGUUUGAUUAUGGUAAUUCAGAUCUAUUUCCUUUCUUAUGAUUGUCAUCCUAAAACUGAAAGUCAUCACCAGACUAGAGUAGUCACGUGUUAGGUGGAUAUUGUGGUCCUGGAUGAUCUUAUGCACAUGGC